GAAGCCAGAGCAGGAAGUGACGACACGGAGGCUCCAUCCAUGUUGUUGAUAGAUGCAGUUAGCCUGCGAGAGCUGAAAUGAUAUCUUACUGAGAGUUUUCUGACAUUGUUGGAACAUCUUGAGGUCAUGAUGAGUUCUCCGGAGGACAGACACGGAACCAAAAGACCCGCCUCUCCUGCUGACGACGGGUCCACACAGUGGGCGUCAGCUGAUCUGGGAAGCAACGAGAGGAAGCAGAAGUUUUUACGUUUGAUGGGAGCUGGAAAGAAGGAACACACUGGGCGUCUUGUCAUCGGAGACCACAAGUCCACUUCCCACUUCCGCACUGGACAGGAAGAUAAGAAGAUGAACGAGCAGCUGGAGCAGCAGUACCAGCAGAGCAUGGACGGGAAGCUGUCGGGACGGAACCGAAGACACUGUGGGCUGGGUUUCAGUGAGCCUGAGCCACAGUCUUGUCCGUCCCCACCUGUGGACAGUCAGACCAAAGCAAUAGAGUCAGACAAGUCCACCAAUGAGAAAGAGCCCACAGAUGCCCAGGACGCAGGCAGAGACCCCGCCCCAAAGGAACAGACCUCAGAUCAGGCCAACAGCAGCUCACACAGCGAGGACGAAGAACGGAAACACAACUUCAAAAUGACCUUCGUGAAGUCAGUGUAGAGCUGAGGGGUGGGGUGGGGGUGGGGGGUGGGGGCAGAGGGGCGGGACGAGUUUUUGUAAUCUCAAAUUUGUACAUUUGAUUUGUUGAACUGUCGGUGAUCAUUUUGUCUCCACACAAACACUCAUCCUCAUCAUCCUCAUCGUCCUCAUCCUCAUCAUGGAGCGACAGCCUGGUCUCAUGUUGUCAGAGAAUAAAAAGUUUCUGUUUGAGUUGUGUCAGCAAAGUCUAGAAGCGUCUGGCCGAGUGAUGUCACAUCAGGUUGAGACUGUCCACUUUAGAUUUAGUUUUUGUUUUAACAGUCGUGUUGGAUGAAACAGGAUUAUUGUUCUGCAGCAUGAUCGAUACACACGUUGUUGAUAUUGUGAACUCUAGUUUGAAACCAGUAAAGGGAAGUGUCUGUUGUAAUGUUUGUUGUUGCCUGUAGAGCUACAGUCUCUCUCUCUCACACACACACACACACACACACACACACACAGGUUUAUAUGUGUGAAACAUUCUCGUAGAUAUGUUAAAGUAAAUUCACUGUGUCACUGACUUUGUUCUCUGAGUCAGCACAGAGGUGAGUAACACGUGUCAGACGGUUAAUUUAAUCAGAGCUGUGUCACAAACAACAGCUGGGGUCAAACAUUUUGAAAAAGAAGCUGAACCAUCACACUGACCUAAAUAUUCAGACACGUGGGGCCGCAUUCAAAGAUUCCUUGUACACAGAGUUUUUCUAAGUGAUGAAAUAUUAAGAACAUAAUGAGAACUGUCUGGUUUUCUGAGAAUUUCCCAUUAAAGUUAAGACAUAAAGUUAA